GGAAUUACAACAAAGGAUUAAGAGGGUGAUUGAUACAUGGGGAUCUAAUGGAAGUCAUCCUUCAGAAACGAAGUAUAAAGAAGAGAUGGGAAAAAUUAGAAAAGAUAUUGUCAAUUUCCAUGGCGAAAUGGUGCUCUUAGAGAAUUACAGCAACAUGAAUUACACAGGGUUGGCUAAGAUCUUGAAGAAAUAUGACAAAAGAACAGGAGGGUUGUUGCGCUCACCCUUUAUCAAGAUGGUUUUACAGCAGCCAUUUUUCACUACUGAUCUUGUUUCCAAGCUUGUAAAGGAAUGUGAAAACACCAUAGAUGAAGUGUUCCCAGUGGAGGAAGAAGAGAGAACAAAAGAAAGAAAAGAAGCAAUAACUGUAGCAGGGGAAGGAAUUUUCAGGAAUACAGUUGCUGCACUACUUACCAUGCAAGAAAUUAGAAGAGGCAGCUCUACUUACAGUCAUUUUUCUCUGCCUCCCCUCAAUUUGCCUGACUUUGAUCUCAUUCACUCAUUCCAACUCAAUUCCCCUAUACCAAUUCUCUAACAAAUCUGGAAUUUCUUAAACAUGUAUUAAUCAGUAUUACCACAAGUUUAGAACAUACUAAAAGUUCUUAUAUAUUGUUGUAGUUUUCUUCUUAUCUAAAAACAAUUGGGGGAUACAUAUAUGAUGGUGAUUGUAGUAAAUUAUCAAUAUAUUUCCUUUUCUUGGUAGCAAACACAUCAACAUGUUGACUUCUGGCAGGUAAGUGCCUUCCUAUAUUAAAAUCAAGAAAUUGCU